UGGUCACAUGGGCCCGACGUCACCAGAGGUCCUUUAGCCCACUACGGUGAUGUGACAGAUGUCCGAGUGAGCACAGACAGGUCACUGCCCGGGCACCGUGUACACCUCUGCCAUCCACAGCCCUCCUCUUCCUGCACCCACGGGCACAGCAUGAGUGUCUGGCAGCUGUGACCUAGCAGCGCCCACAUCACCCGCUCAGCCCUCCCCCAGCUCUGACUAGUGAGGCCCCCGGCAGAGAAGCUCAGAGGGAUGGUGGUAGUUUCGGGGCAGUUUGAAAGCAGAGGGACCCCGGAUGAUGCCAUGUCGAGCUCUGAUGCUGAAGAUGAGCUGAUCGAGCCAGCCACACCCACCCCGAGCAGUGCCACCUUCUCCCUGCACGGAAAGCUGCCCCCGCUGCAGCUUCCUGAAGUCAUUCCACUAAGUGUGGGAGGGACAUGUUUCACCACCAGGCUGUCUACACUUCAAAGGUACGAAGACACCAUGUUAGCUGCCAUGUUUAGUGGACGCCAUCACAUUCCAACAGAUGCCGAGGGCAGAUACUUUAUUGACAGAGAUGGAACAUACUUUGGUGACAUAUUAAACUUUUUACGCUGUGGUGAACUGCCUCCACGAAACCGGGUCAAGAUGGUGUACAAGGAGGCUCAAUACUAUUCCAUUGGGCCACUUCUCGACCUCUUGGACAAGAUGCAGCCACUUACUGGGGAGAAAGUUAGGCAAGCAUUCUUGGACUUAAUGCCUUAUUAUAACGAUCACUUGGAACGUAUCAUUGAGAUUGGGAAACUUCGAGCUAUACAGAGGAAGGCCAGGUUUGCCAAGCUGAAAGUCUGCGUCUUCAAGGAAGAGAUGCCCAUUACUCCUUAUGAGUGCCCACAAUUCAACACAUUACGUUUUGAGAGGAGUGAGAGUGAAUCGAAGCAUUUUGAGCAUCACUGUGAUGUGGACGUGUCUUUUGGGCCCUGGGAAGCAGUGGCUGAUGUGUAUGACCUUCUCCAUUGCAUAGUCGGUGAUCUCUCGGAGAGAGGCAUCACUGUAGAGCACCAGUGCAUUGGAGUGUGCGAUAAGCAUCUUGUUAACCACUAUUAUUGCAAACGCCCUAUCUAUGAAUUCAAAAUUACUUGGUGGUGAGCGGAUAACUCUGUUAGCAAAGGCGGAAGACCAAAUGCUAUUAAAUUGGUUGCACGACCAAAUAGCUAGCAAGUAGCAGCGCAAAACUGCAGAUGUGGCGCAGACUGUUAUCUUUGGCAUAAGAAUCCAGGAUAAUACACAUUACAGUAGCUGCACAAGAAGCUCAGACCUUAAGCUGACUGCACUUAUAUCUCACAGUUUAGGAACAGUGACUGAGCCUUUAUUUCUGUGGGUUAAGAAGGAGAAUUGAAUGGUCGUCACCCACAGAAUGGGUUCUUCACUGCAGCACAUAAUAACUAAACGUAUCGUGUAGAGUAAUACAGGAGAAUUAUACACUGUUUGAGAUGUAAUGUAGAAUAUCAAAAAUACUUUUCUCCUGUUUAAUGGCUCUGUAUUUAUAUUUUAUUUUUUUCUGAGACCUUUCUUUUUAACUAUAUUUAUAAUUAUUUUAAAUGAUGAUUUUACAUUGAAAUAGUGUUAUAUUUAUUUCUUGCAUUAUAUUAAUGUUAUGACUAUUUUUGUCUGCAAUAAUUAUUUAUGUUAAAAUAUAAAUAUAUAGUAAUUUGGAAUAUACAA